AUGUUCACCUUGCUGGAGGAUGAAGAUGAAGAAGAGGAUGAGGAGAGAGAGGAUGAAGAUGUUGAUGCUCGUGAGCUGGUUCGCCGCUCGCACUCGGCCAGUAUCUCCUCUAGUCGGACGUCGUCUUCGGAUACAUGGUGGCUCUCUGCAUCUAGCAGCUCCACGAACCGUGAUGUGAAUGGCAUUGCAGGAAGUGCUAGUGGUUGUUUGUAG